AUGGAGCCUAUCCCACCUAUUAUCAAGUUCGCGCCUGCUAUUCCGUUUCCAGACCCCUUCGUGCCUGAGAGGAGAAUCAAGCAACUCCGCCACUACCUCGCCGAGGCAAAUACAAAUGAUUCCAUCCCCCUAGCAGGGCAACAAUCAAAUAUCCUCGCCGCGAUAAAAUCAUACGAAGAAGGUGUGAUAGAUGGGAGUCAAGGAGUGAAGACGUUUUUCGUCAAUGGAAAGAUCGUUUCUAAGGAUGAGGCGUAUAAGGGAUAUGGACACCUAGAUCUCCUCACCAUGUCUGGAAAAUUCGUCGCCCAAGAGCUAGUCCUCACCCUCCUCGACGCUGGACCCCUCACCCCCCUCAGUUUCCUCGUCUUAGCUGAGCCCUUCGGCUUCGUUGGAAUUAUGGUAUAUUUUGGUAUAUGGAUGGAUGUGAUGGGAACUGUGGUGCCGGUGAUUUGUGUGUCCUAUUGGUAUUUAGGGUGA